AUGCCAGAUGAGAUGACACCGAGGCCGAACGGCAAGCUGACACAGGCGGCCAGCGAGGCAGCCAGCGCGGCGCGUCCGCCCGCCCACAGGCCGCAGCCCGCUUGCCCUCGUGGCCUCAACGUUCUCCCCACCUCCGCUUCCUCCUCUUGUUUCUUAUACGCGCCACCCACACGCCUCGCGUCCGCCUCCCGUCCUACACCUCGCCAUCCUCCCCCGAGAAGCGCUGCGGGCCUCACCUGCCCGUCCUCCUGCCCCAGGAACCGCGGUUCAGGAAGGAAGGAAAGGCAAGUGCCUGCCUCUGCCUGCCGGGGCUCAGCAGCGAUGGCGUACAGGGCGGAGGACGACUACGACUACCUCUUCAAGGUCGUUCUCAUCGGCGACUCCGGCGUCGGCAAAUCCAACCUGCUCUCCAGGUUCACGCGCAACGAGUUCAGCCUCGAGUCCAAGUCCACCAUCGGGGUCGAGUUUGCCACCAGGAGCAUCAGGGUCGACGACAAGGUCGUCAAGGCCCAGAUCUGGGACACCGCAGGCCAGGAGAGGUAUCGAGCAAUUACAAGUGCGUACUAUAGAGGGGCUGUUGGCGCACUAGUCGUGUACGAUGUGACACGCCAUGUGACCUUUGAGAAUGUGGAGAGGUGGUUAAAGGAGCUCCGGGAUCACACUGAUGCAAACAUUGUCAUCAUGCUUGUUGGCAACAAAGCUGAUCUGCGACACCUUAGAGCCGUGUCCGUGGAGGAUGCCAAGGGCUUCGCCGAGAGGGAAAGCACCUUCUUCAUGGAAACAUCCGCACUGGAGUCCAUGAAUGUCGAGAGCGCUUUCACCGAGGUCCUAACUCAGAUCUAUCGUGUGGUCAGCAAGAAGGCCCUUGACAUUGGCGAUGACCCUGCUGCUCCACCAAGAGGGCAAACCAUCAAUGUUGGUGGCAAGGAUGAUGUCUCUGCUGUGAAGAAGUCAGGGUGCUGUUCAUCCUAA